CAAACACAACUCCGUUCGAUUCAUGACCUCGACAGGCUGUAGACUCUCAAUUAUCUGACAUGAUAGCGGGACUUCGCUGGAGUCGUUGACACGCUCGUUCGCCUGCGAAAAGCUUAACGGCCGCAAACUUGUAUGUAAUCGCAAGCUGCAGCAUAUGGAUCCAGCGGAUAUCUACAAUGCGGUAUCUUGAUAACUGUUACGAGUCACAAUUGUGGACUGGACGUCGGCCUUCGCUUGAUUGCUGCUUGACAACUGUAGCAUUGUAAUAAGCUCAGAGCACGUAUUUUGGUUCUCAUCGAUCGUUCGCAAAAUAAUAAAGCGACCCAGCAGCCCGAUUACACAUCACUGCGCACUGGGGCCAAGAACUGGAGGAUGACUUUCUUUGUGACCAUGGACAGCGUUUCCACUGGUCGCAGGAACGUAUAAAAAUAAGGGGACUUUACUGGGAUUCGUAACUAAUUGAUACAGCUUUCACAAUCUGCAACCCCAAACCACCGAAAUGCCAUUAAGCAACCUGCCAGCAUUCCCUACAACGCACUAACUGACACCUAAAAGCAAUCGUGGCACCAACGUGAGGCCAAUCAACAGUGCAGGAGUAAAACUUGAGGCAUUGCCCACAUCAUGGUAUUAAACUUGUGGGAAGACUUCUAGCAAGGGGGCUGUGCCAUGGAUGAAAACCUCAGCCGUGGCUACAUUCAGCUGGGUCACAACACCUGGGUGGACAGGGUGACCCGACGGGGCAUCUCCGCCCAUCAUGCGAAACCGCCACUGGACCGCUGCAACUGUGUCUACCUUGCCCUGGUACUGGCUGGUGUUGGCUUCUUGCUACCUUACAACAGCUUCAUCAUUGCUGUCGACUACUUCCAAGCCAAGUACCCUAGCACUACCAUUGUCUUUGAUAUGAGCUUGGUGUACAUUCUUGUAGCCUUUGGUGCCGUGGUUAUAAACAACCUCCUGGUCGAAACGCUCCCGCUUCACGUGCGCCUGUCGUUCGGCUACUUGUCGUCGUUUGCCACCCUUCUGUUUGUCGCCCUGUUUGAGGUCCUGUGGGAUGCCUUUGAGCAUGACGUGGGCUACACUGUCAAUCUGGUGGCAGUUGCUGUGGUGGCGUUUGGAUGCACUGUACAACAGUCCAGCUUCUAUGGCUACACCAGCAUGCUUCCUUCACGUUACACACAAGCUGUGAUGACUGGUGAAAGUGCAGCAGGUUUGCUGGUGUCCAUCAACAGGUUGCUGACGAAAGCUCUCCUGAGCGAUGAGCAGAUCAACACGUUGCUAUUCUUUGGGAUCUCUGUGGUAGUGGUGCUACUGUGUUUCAUAAUCCAGAGCGUUGUGCAACGGACCCGCUUUGUCCGCUUCUACCUGUCUCUCUGCUCGGGGAACGAGCCAGAGAACGACGACCUCCACAAGAGGAUCAUCCUGGAACCUGCGGAAGACGUUGGACUGGUGGACAUGCUGGAUCCGACGGAGUCCAAAACGGGCAAAUAUGGCGUCCUCUCCCUGCGAAGCCCGCCCGGCUCGCCCUCUAGCGCCGGCGGCCAUCUCGUUGCCAAUGUAGAUUCCGCCUUCGAGUCCUCGGACGUUCUGGCCGAAGAAGAUUCCUUGUGGAGGCAUUCGGAUGCGUCCAGUCUGCCCCGCACCGGAAGCGACGACUUGGGUCACCUGGGUAGCGAGAGCCACUUCCGGGUGCAAGACGUCGUGGUGCGCAUGCGUGGCGGGAGGUCCUACAAUAAGCACGUCCAGUGGUGGAGCGGCAUCAAACGUGGCGUGCUUGCGAGAGCUCAGGUUGCUCGUAGUGUGUGGCCCUACAUGCUGAGCAUCGCUCUCGCCUACUUCGUCACCCUUUGCCUGUUCCCUGGCAUCGAGUCCGAGAUCGUCUCUUGCCGUCUCGGUUCGUGGAUGCCGGUUCUUCUCAUGGCACUCUUCAACCUCUCGGACUUCCUCGGAAAAAUCGUGGCGUCGGUCCGGUACGACUGGUCGCGGAGUCAGCUGGUGUGGCUUUCGUUUGCCCGCAUCGUCCUGGUUCCCCUGAUGGCACUGUGCGCGGUUCCGGGUCCUCAUUCCAGUGUCAUGGGAGACGCCUGGGCAAUGGUGCUUUCCGUCGUCCUGGGUAUCACCAACGGUGUCUUUGGAUCCUUACCAAUGAUAGUGGCACCAUCCAGAGUUCCGGACGAACAAAAAGAGCUCACAGGCAACAUAAUGACCCUGUCCUACAGUGUGGGCCUAACUACAGGUUCCGGUGUAGCCUACUUGAUCGAAUACCUCAUCGGCGCUGCGAACGCCCCGUCCCCUUGUGACGUCAUCGCGGCUUCCACAACGCCGGCUACUUCGCUGGCUAAUUUCACGGAACUUACGGCAGCUCUGACCUCACCAGCAGCGUCAUUUCCGUCGGGGACGACGAUAAGCUCCACAAAUUGGACUACGCUCUUUCUGUUGUCGACGGCGUCUGCGGUUACACCCCGGAACCUUUCCCGGAUGUGACGUUCCGUCGUGUGUUGACCAAUCAAAGUGAAGCAGUUCAGUUACAGUGAUGCCGUUGAAGAGCUUUCAUGUUUGGGAUAACGUGCAUGUCGAAUUGUAUUCGGAUACGGCUGACCAAAACCUAGUCGACUUUCCUUUUUUUCUGGCCAGUCCGAGACGGUUCAGACAUGAUACGUGUACAUAUACCGGUUGUGGAUGUAGGAUAUAUCUGUCUUACCAGUGUUUCUCACUUGCCAAUCGCGUGUCACAGUCUUUUCCUAAGUGUGCACGUUUGAUGGGUGGGACAGCUAAAUGUGUGGCACGUCCGCCGCUCACAUUGUGAAGCAGUGACUUAUGAAACCCUUAAUGCAAACAUUAGCAGCUGUAGUGCUUAGCCUGUGGAGCGGUAUACUCCCGCUUCGUUUAUCCAGCGUAAUGAACCUAAUGUUUGUAACAGCAUAAUAUGUUGGUGUUAUGAAGUUCUGGCAUCUGUUGUUGUGAACAUUUUUUUGGUUUAUAUUUUGGCCGAGAGCGUAUGUGAUAUUAGCGGGCGUUUCCGUUUUGAACGUAGGGCCCGGUGCGUAUAUUUCUCAAAGAUAUAUAUUUUGGAGACAAUCUCCCCUUAAAUACAAGGUCUUACCUUUGAUAUUUGUAUUUGUAUUUUACUGGAGCAAUGCCUGCAUGUGAACAUAUAUGUAUCUGCAUAUCCGCGGUCUCAUCUUUCAUCGAAAUGUGAUUAUGUAAUAAGGGAAUAAUGAUUAUGAGUAGGAGGAGUUGAAGCGUAAGGUGUUGAAAGCUAUGUGUGCACUAUGAAGCUAUCUAAUGGUUAAUAUAAUAUAGUGUUCGCACUGACUGUUUAUUAAUAAUUAUAACAAUACGUCCCUUUAACACGCUGAAAUAUUUAUUAUUGACAGCUUUUUCUGCGCAAUGCACGCUUUGGAAUACGAACUUGCCAAGCUCAGCUGAUCUCAGUUGUUGCUAUUGUUGUUCCGUACCUUCUUUGUGUCUCUCUCUGAUUUUUUGUUUUGUUUUGUCCUGUAACCAUUACAUAUCACAGUUACGCGGAGAUACGUAGUGAUAAGAGUGACCAGUGAUAUACGGUAUCUCCCCGUGACUCGCUUACAGCAGUGUGCUUGUGAUAAACGGGUGUGUUGAUAACGAUUAAAGAUAUUAAAUCGA